AUGUCUUCGCAGUCAGCACAAGGAGGAAGCGCCGGGGGACAGCCAGCUGAGGCCCCCUCUGGUCCCCCAUAUGUGUCUCAGUUCGCCCAACACGGCGGCAUCCCGACAGUCAAGGUCGACGUGCCCAUCUGCGCCGUCUUCCUCGCCUGCUUCCUCGCCGGCGCCAUCUUGAACAUGACCAUAUGGAAGCGCAACGGCAGACGAGGUCACAAGUUCCUCUUGUCGGCCGUCGUCUUCUAUUUCUGCUUUGCUCGCAUGGUCGCCUGCAUCCUGCGCAUCGUGUGGGCGACACGGCCAGACAAUGUCCGUAUCUCGAUAGCCGCCGGCAUCCUCUUCAACGCUGGCGUCCUCAUCCUCUUCGUCAUCAACCUCAUCUUCCUGCAGCGGCUUACCAGGGCGUACCACCCUAAUUUUGGAUGGAGUAAGACCCUCAAUUGGACUUUUUACUUCCUCUACUUUGGUAUAUUCGCCUGCUUCGUCAUGGUUGUCUACGCAGUCGUGUCGAGCUGCUUCACACUCGACCGCUCCAUGCUGUCCAAUUUCGCCGACAUUCGCCGCACAUCAGCCAUCUACAUGGCUUUCCUCUCCACCAUUCCUCUUCCAGCCACCCUAUUGUUGCUUGUCUGGCCACGCAAGCGUGCCGUUGACAAGUUCGGUCAAGGCUCCAUGACGGCCAAGGUUGUCAUCUUGCUCAUCACCACGUCGUUGCUCGCCACCGGAUCCAUCUUUCGCGCCUCCAUCGGCUUCAUGCCUAGACCAAAAGAGGAUCCCGGCUGGUUCAACCACAGGGUAGCAUACUAUCUCUUCAAUUACUUCAUCGAACUUGUGGUUGUAUACAUCUUGGCGCUGAACCGCAUGGAUAAGCGCUUCCAUGUGCCCGAUGGCGCGAAACUGCCGGGUGACUACUCGAAGGGUGCGACAACUGCGGACAGAAAUGCCGUGGACGACGAGGCUGUUCUGAACGAGGAAAAGCCUACCACGCCAGGCGAAGAGAGGAGCCGGGAAAACGAAUGGGAGAUGUCACUUCAGCGCGAGAUGGAAUAUAAAUAG